GCUAAUUUAUUAAAUGAUGAAAAUUUAAAAGAAGAAAUUAAUAUUAAAAGAGUUGAAAGUGAAAGUUCAGACGAUUAUGAUGAAAUUUUACCAGAAUAUUCAAAGGCGAAAUGGAAAUUAGAAAAUUUGUUUGUUUCUAAUUUAGAUAUUUCAUUUAAAGAAUAA